AGAAUACAAGCGACUGGAAGUCAAGUUCCACACGCGUUCACUGACGGACUCAAUAAUAAACGAUCGUUAUGCCGCCACUAGUAGAAUUUGCCGCGCUGAAUACAUUUCAAACAAAAUAAAUCGCAAUCUAUCGGUUGUUAUGACGAUGCGUUCAAAUAACAUUACUGCAGUUUUAUAAAAAAAUUGUUCGCGAAAUGACUGUAAGAAAGUGGUCUUGAUUUGAAUAAUUUAUCGCGAAAGUGCUAAAAGUUUUUUUUUCGAUAUGUAUAUUUUAGUGAUUUUUGUUGUCUUUCUGACAGUUACAAGGGCGACUGGACAAACUAUUAAAACAAGUUAUGUAUGUCCCACAGGAUUUCUUUCAAUAAAACGAAACUGUUAUUAUUUCGGAAAUGAACAAGUCACGUGGACAAACGCUCGAUUUCAGUGCGAAGCUUCAAACAGUACUUUACUAGUAUUCGACUCCUUGAAAGAAGAAAAUCUUCUCAAAGGAUUUAUCAUUCAAGAUAAUAAUCGAACAAUCAGUCCCUCUGAAAAAUGGAUUGACGGUAUCUAUGACUGGAAACAAAAUAUGUGGAAAUGGGGUCUUACUGGAAAAUUUAUUAAACAAAAUGCUUUCACGAAAGUUAAGAAGGGAGAUAACUUCAAAUGGAGUUGUAUAGCUCUCAACAGCGCUAAAAACAAUAAGUGGGUAGCUCGAAGAUGUACAGAAAAAAAGUCCUACAUAUGUAAAACGCAAACGAAUAUAUUCGUGGAAUUCAAAUUAUACAAUAAACGGAAGAAAAACUUCAAUAUAACUAAAUGCAACAGUCGCUUGCCGUUGGAUAAUUUUGAAAAAAGAAGAUGUAAUAGAUUACUUGGUAGAUCUAACGACGAACCAUCAGAAAUGAUCAGGAAAAAUAGCACGAAACCUCACUCACGUAAACAUAGAUUCGAUGGUUGGAUUUGUCCAUCCCAUAUGAUAAGUUUAGCAAAUCGAUGUUAUUUAUUCAGUACGAAAGAAACUACUUGGACAGAUGCCCAUUUCGAAUGUAAAAGGAAUCGAAGUAAAUUAGCUAUUAUCAGAAAUAGAAAUCAAGAUCGUAAUCUAAGGAUGUUCGCCAAUAAUUUUAUAGAAGAAAACUUCCCUUCAAGCUUCAGCAGCCUUCGCAAUGACAAUAAACGUCACGAAAGAUGGAUUGGCGGAAUUUAUAACUGGAAAUCUUCAAAAUGGAUCUGGGCCGUAUCUGGUCAGUCGAUAUCCUAUAACGGUUUCAGUAUUCAAGCCAUGCAAAACCGAACAACCGACAGUUUGAAAUGGAACGGCAUAUUUUUGGAUCCUGCAUAUGAUAAUCAAUGGAACGCUGCCAAACUAACAGAGAAGAAAAAAUUCAUCUGUCAAGUUCAAGCCAAAGGUGUUAAGAAUAUUGGUCGACGAAAAAAGAAAUUAGCGGACGCAACCAUCACUAUCUUGAAAAAUAAAAAAUGAGAAAUUUGUUAGAAAAUUGUACGUCAAAAUUAAGGCGCAUAACGGAAACAUUUCUUCAAUAAAAUUGUUAUAGAUCAAAAAAUAGGAACUUAAUUAAUUGUCAUUAGUUAGCACUUCCAUAAUUUAAAUAUUUGACAUCUUUGGAUACUAGAAAAAGCAAGCUCGUCUGGUCUUACGGACUUCGUACGCAAUGAUUACGAUAACAAAAUUUCAUUUCGAAAGAAAAACCACAUGGAGGUUUUCUAGAAAGUAAUAUAUAAUUUUUGUGCUACUAACAUUCAAAAUUUUUAUUCUAACUACUGACAUUUGAAAAACAGUAUAGUACAAUGCAAUAAUAAAAAUAUACUUCUACGAGGUGUGGUUAUUAAAUAACGAGACGGAUCAUAUAAAACAUUUGUUUUGAUGUUAGGUUAAUUUAUUUAUUAUAACUUUCAAUAUACAGAUUGUCCCACAAUGAGUUAACACUAUCUAUAUGGCAAAAUACUUAUAAUAAAAUCAUGAAAAUUUCUACGUAUGGGUUUUCGGAUACGAUCUUUUUAAAUAAAAUAUUUUCAAAGAUAUCCGGCUACUGUUACUUUGUUAUUUUAAAUAGAACACCCUGUAUAUUAAUAUAUUUUUGAAAUCUACGUCAAAUUUUAGUAUACUUUUUAUGCAUGCUUUUUAGUUAUUAUUUUUUUUUGUAAAAAAUUUGACCAUUGAAGACCCUUAUAAAUUAUUUUUUUACGGGGAUACCCUUAGAGAUAUGAAAAUGGUUUCUAUUCGGUUGGUUUAAACAAGGUCAGACGUAUUAGAAUAUUUGUGAAGUUAAACUUUGAACAUUUUUUAUACACACCCUGUACAGAUUGAAAAAUGUUCAACAUAGAUUCAAACACGUCUGACCUUGCUAACAGUAACCGAAUAGAAAUCAUUUUCAUAUCUUCAAGGGUAUCCUCAUAAAAAAUAAUUUAGGGUUUACAAGGGUAAACUUUUUUAGAAAAAAAUUAGUAACUCAAACAUUAUACCUUUUUAGAAAAAAUGUUUUAAACAAAAGUAUACUAAAAUUUCACUUAAAUCUCAAAAAUGUAACAAUAUAUAGAGUGUUCUAUUUAAAAUAACAAAGUUACAGUCUACUUCCAGUAGAACCGGAAGCUGGCCUUCUUUGAAAAUACUUUAGUUGAAAAGAUCGUAUCCGAAAACACAAACGAAGAAAUUUUCAUUAUUUUACUAUAAAUAUUUUGCUAUACUGAUAGUUUUCACUCGAUGUGGGACACCCUGUAUACACCUCCUCCAUUUUUACAUCGCUCCACGCGAAUCUUUCGUUGUUAGAAAAAGUGCAGAAAGUCUUAAUCUGUCAGUUCCUCCAAGAGGCGCAUCGCUUUUCUAUUACAGCUUCUUCAGACUCAAACCUUGUUUCUCUUAGACAACAGUUUCGGACACAAUUUUCGCAUGUUUAUAUUUUCAUGUAUAAUUUGCUGCACAGAUACUUUGUCAAUUCCUAUAAAUUCAGCAAUUUAACAAAUACUUAGCUGACGGUCAUAUCGAAAAAUAUUAGACUUUUUCAGUAUUUUCAUCCGUGAUUUAUUUUCACAAAUCUAUUCGACCAUCUUUGAAACUCUUAAACCACUAGAGAAUACGUGUACACGACAAAUAUUCACUGCCAUACACUUAUUCCAAUAAAUUAUGAGUUUUAGUUGCAAUUUUUCAAAGUUUCAUGUGGAAUUUCAUAAAAAUACGUUGAUUUAUUUUUAGAAAUAUAUAAACGAGGACUACGGCUACACUGGUUUAUACAUAGAGAUGGUAGAAAUCGCUUUAGAAAGAGUAGUCUUUGGGCUAAACAACAGACAGUCAAAUAACUUAGAAUUUCUGGAACCCUUGGUGAUAUUUAUAAUGAACUGUAUACACCAACAAUCACAAUUACAAUGUCUGACGCAAAGGUAAAUUGUUUACCUUCAGUCUCUGUGUGUGUCAAAUUUGGCGUAUACGUACUUUCUCUCUUUGUUACUUAAUAGCCUUCCCUCGUACAUAUGAGGUGUAAAAUUAUAUAAAAUUAAUUCAACUAUAUAUUAGGAAUUUGUAGUAGGUUUUAUAAUAACGACCCAAAUAUAUAAUAAAUCUUUUAUCCAUUUUAGCGGUCAGAAAAAUGACUAGCUACUUUGUCCGCCAGUCCUAAAGGAAGUCAGUUUUUUCAUGAUGUUCUAAUAUUUGUUCAAUCACAUUUUUCAUAAUUUUCUUGCAUUUUUCUCUUUUAUAUAAAUUUUUUCGGACUAAAAGUUGGGUCACCCAAAAUGCUAUAACUUAGAAACUAAUAGUACGACAGCUGUCAAAUUUAUACACUUGUCUUUUCAAGAUUGAGGCUAACUAAAAUUAUAUGAAUUAAAUACUAGUAAUGACAUCUAUGUGUUAGCACACAAAAUUUUCAGCUCCCCUCAUAUAAAAUUUUAUUGAAAUCAUUAGAAAUGUUUUAAAUACGAGGGCCGUUUUUUCAACCUGUGAUAGGCUAUAAAUAAAAGAUAAGUUCAUAUAAAACAAUAAUUUUAUUACCAAAAUAUUGAUAGAUAUCCUUAUGGUUAUUUUUCGUCAUAAUCACCGAACAGAUUGAAACAUCUGUGGACAAGCUUUUUAAUAGCCUCUUCAAAGAAAGUUGCCGCCAAUGAACAGUCCUUGAAACUUCUGAAAAUUCCAUAGACAAAGCAGUAAUGGUGAUUUUGCGGUUUUCGUGAUUCAUUCUGUCAAAACUCGUUGAACCAGGUCAUCUGAAACGACAGGUUUGCAUCCUAGGCCCUCUUAUGCACAUCAUUACGGCCAUAUUUAAGCUUUAGACACCAUUCACGCCCAUCACCAUCACUCAUGUGUUUUCCCCAUACACACCUGUUAAUCUCCGAUGGAUUUCUGCUUCACUAUUUCCUUAAGCCUGUAGAAAACGAGUUACACUUCGCAAUUCACACUUGGCGGGAGCAUCAAUAAUGGGGGACAUGUUUACGUGGCUGUAGCACAACGCCGACUGACACCUGAAUGUCAUUUCUUUUGCUCGCGUAGCGUCUGGAGGAGCGAUCGGAGGCUGGAAAAAACGUCCCUCGUAUUUCAGAUGAUAAUGUUAACAUAUAAAGACAUUUCCUAAAAAUUAUCUAGUUUACACGUUUAUGUUUAUUGAUAAAUAUUUAAUAAUUCCAUAUGAAAAAUGACUUCUUGGUGGAGAGGCGUAGAUACUUAACAGUAUAAGAAAAGACUUUUACUCUAUGAUCAACACUGUUACGUUAACAAGUUUAUCCAUUAUGAUCUAUAACUUGCUAGUGAUAAAAGUCAUUUAAAUCAAUACUGCCUUGUAACUGUAGAUUUAUAUUUAGUGGUAAUAUUAAAUAUGUUGUUAAUUGUAUUAUGUAUAUAUAUUUUAUUUAUUGUGAAAUAAAAAAAAAU